AUGAAGAAAGAAAGAGCUAGAAGAAACUCCAAAACAAAAGGUCAACAGUCAUCAUCCAAAACAACAACAAACAAGAAGCCAAGCAAAUGGGAGGACCCAAAUUAUGUGCAGAUCAAGAGCAACAUGCUCUCUUUUGCAACAACAAUUGACAACAUCAGACAGAGACUUGAACGUCGGCACGAUGUCUUAACACUGCUAUCAAAGACACCUUUUUGGGCAUUGAUAGAAGCAUAUAUCCAGAGAAGGUUAACAAAGGUAGAGUGCAUGAAGUCUAACUACGACAUUGUGAGACUCAUACAAGUUUAUGACACAAAGACAAAGAAAUUCAAGUUUAAUGAUGGUGACAGUGAGAUGAAAAGUAAAGAUGUGGCUGAAAUUUUUGGCUUGCCAAACAGUGGCAAGAAGUUACCAAGCACAACAACCUCAACAAGGCCAAAAAUGCAGUUUGUAGAGAAAUACUUCGCGCAGUAUAAGAAGAUAACAAAGACUUCAAUUGAUAAGUGCUUGAAUUUAGCACUUGCAGAUGAAACAGAAGAGGGUGCUAUGGAUGUAACAAGAUUGAUAAUCCUACAACUCUUCAUAACCAAUCUCUUCUGCAACUCUGGUUGUACACUUGCUUGGACAUAUACAACCACAAUAGACACCUUAGAAGAGAUGGGGAAAUAUAAUUGGGCUCGAGGAGUUUUGGACUACAUGUAUUUUGGAUUAGAACAAGCAAAGAAGAACAAGAAGGACAAAAAAAAGCAGCCAAGCGUGAGUGGCUGCCUAAUCCUAAUACUGUAUUGGCUGUGUCAAAUAUCUAACCUGCUCACUCCAAUUCCUGGAAGAGAACAAAUGACACGAGCUGCUGUCAAAUGGAGUCUUCAAGAACUCAGCGCAAAGCUUCAUCAUCUAAAGAACAACCAGAUAAAGAUAAAAAGCACUAAAGCUCAAGAGCCGGAUGAUGAUUCUGUAGAAGAGAAUGAAGAGAAUGAUGAUGAUUCUGAAGAAGAGAAUGAAGAGGAGGAUGAUGCUGCUGAAGAAGUGAAUGAAGAGCAUAAUGAUGAUGCUGCUGAAGAAGUGAGUGAAGACAAGGAUGAUGCUAUUGAAGAGGUGAAUGAAGAGCAUGGUGAUGCUGCUGAAGAAGAAAAUGAAGAGGAGGAGGAUGCUGAAGUGAAUGGAGACCAUGAGGAUGCUGCUGAGCAUCAAGUCCAGCAACACCACCAGGAAAUUGUUAGAUCAGUCCCAGAAUACAAGGAGGAUGAAAUACAGCUUACAAAAGAGUAUAUGAUGGCGAUCAAUAAUGCUGCUGAAUAUUGGACAAAGAAAGGAGAGCAUCAAAAGAUCCAUGAUGCAAUAGCAUCUUGCAUUAAAAAGAAUAAAUUGAUUCAGAUGCUGUACAAUGAAAAAGAAGAAUUAUUGAAGCAUCAGCAGCAACUGCAGAAGAUGGUUAAGGAAGCAGCAAAUCACAAGAAAGUCAUACAAUUAGAUGUUCAUCAGGAAAAAUCCUACAUGACAAAGCUGCAGCUAGAAAAUGAUCAACUUCUUGCAGAGAAGAUUUCCUACUUGGACAUUAUUAAUGAAAAGGAAGCUGUUAUUGUCUCGUUGAGAGAUCAAAAAUUAGCGCAAGAACUGCAGAGUGAAAAGGAUAAAGAAGAAAAGAAAGAAGGUGAAGCAGAAAAGAUAAAAUCAAGAAAACCAGAUUCCUCAUUCCCUAAAGCAGAGACGAGAGCACAAAAGAGAAAGGCACAAAAAAAACCAGCCAAAUCAAAGAAGAGGGCCAAAGGUUCAUUCCUGCAAUGGAAUACAUAUCAGGUCUACAACAUGCUGGAUGAACUCUCACAAGAAAAGCUGAGAAAUUAG